AAUACAUGUAAAUGUAAUUUGUAAACGCAAUUUUGAUAAAAAGAAAAUGUUUCAGUGAAUACAUAAAACUCAAUAUGGAAAUACUUAGUGGACAUGUUAUGAACUUGGCUAAUAGCAUUAUAGGUGUUAGCGUACUUGCAAUGCCUUUUUGCUUCAAACAAUGUGGAAUAAUCCUUUCUAUUUUACUAUUGAUGAUCAGUAGUGUUGUUUCAAGACUGGCCUGUCACUAUUUACUAAAAUCUGCGAUUAUUUCAAGAAGAAAAACGUUUGAAUUUUUGGCGUUUCAUCUAUUUGGAAGCAUAGGAAAACUUGCCAUUGAAAUUGGAAUGAUUGGUUUUUUAUUGGGCACUUGUAUUGCAUUUUUUGUUGUGAUGGGCGACUUGGGACCUUUAAUUAUAGCAGAAGUAACAAAAGCAAACGUUACAAGCACAAUGCGAACCAGUAUUUUGACAUCAUUGGCUGUAUUUGUUGUGUUACCACUUGGAUUGCUGCGUAAUGUCCAUAGUUUAAUUAGUGUUUCUAAAGCUACAAUGAUUUUUUACUGUUGUUUAGUUUUAAGAGUGAUAAUAGAAGCUUUGCCUGCCUUAUUUGAAGAUAGUUGGUAUGAUAAGGUUAAUUUUUGGAGGCCAGAAGGUUUACUUCAGUGUCUUCCAAUUUUCUCUAUGGCUUUAUUUUGUCAAACCCAACUAUUUGAAAUCUAUGAUGUAGUACCUAAUCCUACUCUUGAUAAAAUGAAUAUUUUGAUACAACAUGCAGUUAAUUUCUGUACAGCAGUUUAUAUGUGUGUUGGUAUUUUUGGAUAUAUAGCAUUUGUUAAUAAACCAUUUACAGGAAAUAUCCUGUUAAGUUUUGAGCCAGGAUUUAUAUCUCACCUUAUGAAGGUAGGUUUUAUUUUUUCAGUUGCCUUUAGUUUUCCUUUGGUAAUUUUUCCAUGCAGAGCUAGUUUGUAUUCAUGUUUAUAUAAAGAAGGAUAUUCUGUACAUGAAGGCAGCAUAAAUUAUAUUCCUGAAGGAAAGUUCAAAGGUAUUACGAUUUUAAUAGUAGGGGUUUCACUUGUUAUGGGUAUUCUUAUUCCAAAUAUUGAAUUGGUUUUAGGUUUAGUGGGCUCAACCAUAGGAGUUAUUAUUUGUGUAUUGUUUCCUGUAAUAUGUUUUAUUUGCAUUUCUCAGAAAAACACUAAUGAAAGAAUUAUUGCACAAUUUCUACUCAUGAUAGGUGUUUUUGUGAUGGUUGUAGGAACAUAUAAAAAUUUACAAACAGUAGAUACUUUAGAACCAACUAUAGUUACAGUGAAACCAAUUGAAUUGGACCCUGUAAAAAUAGAAAUGAAUAUUAAUAAACUCCCAAUUACUGAGAAAUUAGAGAUAAAGCCUGAGUUGGUAACACCUGAGAAUAAAGUAAAAGAAGUCAGGCAUGAACCUCCACAACCUAUUGAACCCAUAGAUGAAGAACCUAAAAAAGAUGAAAAACCUAGAAUUGUUGACAAAUUAGAUAAAUCUCUAAAGAAGCUAGAAACCAUAAUUCCUGCUGACAGAAUUGAGGUAGUAGCUGCAAAAGCCAGUAUAGUCAAUGACACUAAAAAUGAUCAAGUAGAUAUAGAAGCUAUUAAAAAGGAGGACAAAGAGGAAUUAUUAGAGAAAUCAAAUACAUUGAAAGAAAAAGAUAAUGUAGAUGAACAUAAGGUCUUAAUAGAAUCUAUACAAAAGCAAAAUGAAGUUCAGAAAGAAAUUGUAGAGCAACAGAAGGAACUAUUAGCAGUUAUAAAAAAACAACAGAAAGUUGAAGAAGAAAAAAAGAUGGAUGAAGUUAAACAGGAAAAAAUGAAAGCUGUAAAAGAAAUUGAAAGCAUUGCUCUUAAAGCUAUAGAAAAGAUUAGUGAAGGAGAAGAUGCUAAAAAAGUAGUAGAUGAUGUGAAAAAAGGCAUAGAACAAAGUGAACUAAAAGAAAAGAAAAUAGAAGAAAAUUUGAAAAAGAAGGAUAUUGUAAAUAAGGACAAUGAUCAAAAAGAUGAGAAUAAAUCCAAAGUAUUAGAUAACAAAGUAAAAGUUAAUGAAGAGUUUGAGAAAAAUGUUCAAAACGUCAAACAGGAGGUCCAAGAAAUAAGUUCCCAGCUUAAUGAAAUAAAUAAAAACUUAAAAAACCAGCAACAAAUUGCUGAUAAUAUUUUACCACAAAACUCACCUGAUAAUAAACUUCCAUUACAAAAUUUGCCCAAUAAAGAAUACAUAAAUACUGCCGAACUUAAAGAUCAACCUCAGAAUAACGACUUUAUUCCAAAAUUACUUCAAGAUUCAGGAUCUAAGAUAGAAUUAAGUAAAAAUGGAUCAAUGUAUUUAAAAUCUGGUCAAAAAGAUAUCAAAGUCAUAGAAGAAACCAAGCCUUCGAAGCUUCUUCCUUUACCUAUAGUAAUGUCACAGUUAAAUAAAAAUGUCAAUAAUCUAUUACCAAAUGUAGAAACCAAGGAUGAAAAAAAUGAAGUUUUAGAAAAAGACAGCAAUAAUGAAGCCCAAGCUAUGAGGAGAGAUAUACUAAGUGUGUCUACAAAUUAAUAUUUUGCUGUGUAAAAGUUUUAGGUUGGUUUUUCUUAAUAUCCUAGAGAAAUAAUUUGUUUUUGUAUUCUGGAACUAAAUAUAGUGAGAUAGGGUUAUCAUCUUUACUGUACUUUUCUACCACCUUAUUCCUGUGCCUCUUAUGUCCACCUCUCAUCAGAAUCUUAGUAUAGUGUGGUACUUGAGCUCCAUUCCGGCAUGUAGUUUUCACAAGAUAACUUUAAUAUUUCUCCUAAUAUUUUUGAUAGUGAAUUCUUUUCUUUUUGUGAUGCACUACUGUUGUGUGUUGUCAUUUUAUUUUCAUUCUUUUUUGUUUGUCGCUAGAUAAUGUUUUGUAUUUCGUAGAAGUUUGUAAUAAAUUAAAUUCUUGUUUUUUUAUAUCUGUGCAGCCUGAUAAAACUGUAGUGUUUACAUGUUUAUUUGAGUACUCAUAUAGUAGAUGGAUAAUUGCAUAUUUUCUUAAUUUAAGUUGUUUGUUUGGUGCCUCACUGCUCACUGGUACAUUUUACUGCUCGUUCUCUGAAAAAUGUGUGUAAUUUACUGAUUUUUAAACUCCAGCACACUUCUAAGGCUCAUCAAUUGUAGAAACUCUUGUUAUCCAUCAGUCACAAGGGCCCCAUUAGAUAAUUGGAUGAGAAAUGUCUGCAUACACAUUUAGUUUUAAAUUGGGAACAAAUUACUGAUACUACAACUUCUUACAUCAGAUAUUUUUGAUAGUAUUUUAGCAAAUUGGAUAGUUUAUUCGGAUGAAGUAUACAUUACAUUUACAUUUAAUUCAAUUAAUAUUUUAACACAGAAAAAUUUUGUAAUAAUAUUAGCAGUGUUUUGAUGAAACCAUUUCUUUGUGACAUCUUAGCUUU